CCAAAAUGUCCAAAGCGCUUAUGUUCACGAUUGCUUCUCUCGUUCCGUAUUCGUUAGCAAUUACGAAAGUGUUUACUCGACGAUUGAAUUUUUUUUUCACACAUAUAAUAUAAGAACAAACGAUAAAUUUACAAAUAUGGUUUCAAAAUGUUCGAGACAUCCUAUAGAUUGAACAGCAUCUUACAGAUUACUACAGAAGAAUGAAAAUAGCUUACAUCACGAAUCACUAAAAAAUAGUUUUUAAUCAAUCAUAAUGGACGAAAUUCAUUACAACGCUGUAUGCAAUAAAUCUCUGGAAGGAAUUAAAAACCUAAGGAAUAACGAUUCGAUUCCAAUAGAUGAUUGCAAUAAUUAUACUAAUCAUACGGAUUUUUAUAUAGAACCUACAUUAUUAUAUGAUGUGCCCGUAAGCAUAAUUCUUCUUCUGUCAAUGUUCUAUGGAACGAUAUCUGUAAUGGCAGUGGUGGGCAAUGCUCUAGUGAUAUGGAUUGUGACGUCGAGCAGACKAAUGCAUAAUGUGACCAACUUGUACAUAGCAAACUUGGCAUUAGCUGAUAUCGUUAUCGGUUUGUUUUCAAUACCAUUUCAAUUUCAGGCSGCCCUGUUGCAACGAUGGAAUUUACCAGCUUUAAUGUGUCCAUUUUGUCCGUUCGUACAAGUGCUUUCAGUUAACGUGAGCAUUUUUACCUUGACCGCGAUCGCAGUUGACCGGCACAGAGCUAUUCUCAGUCCGCUCAGCGCAAUACCAUCGAAAUUCCGAGCAAAAAUUUCAAUAGCCACCAUUUGGACGAUAGCUUUUGUGCUCGCGACACCAAUGGCUAUUGCUCUCAGAGUGCAACUUAUCGAAUACGGAGAUAGAGACGGUCGGAAGUUGGUGAAACCUUUCUGCUACAACGUCCGGCUUCCAGAACGCACUAUGUUAUUUUACAGGAUCACGCUUCUGUUUGUUCAGUACCUGGUACCCGUCGUCAUCAUAACGGUUGUGUACAUGCGAAUGGCGUUACGGCUGUGGGGGUCACACGCUCCAGGAAAUGCGCAGGACAGCAGAGAUGCGAAUCUGAUGAGAAACAAAAAAAAAGUUAUAAAGAUGUUAGUUAUUGUGGUUGGAUUGUUCGUUUUAUGUUGGUUGCCAUUACAAACAUAUAACGUGCUUCAAGAUAUAUUCCCAUCAAUAAACCAGUUUCGUUACAUAAACAUCGUAUUCUUCUGUUGUGACUGGCUGGCAAUGAGCAACAGCUGCUACAACCCAUUUAUCUAUGGAAUAUACAACGAGAAAUUCAAACGCGAGUUCCGCAUCAAAUUGCGGCACUUCCGGCGCGGCCGUUUUCGUGGCAAAUCAAACGCAAAUCACGGGAGGUCACCCUCGGUAAGAUCCACCACRUUAUCUGAGUGGAAAAGAGGAUAUUCGACGCGGUGCACGAACAGGACAACGGCGAACGGCGCGUGCGCGGAUAGUCCGCCGCCUAGAAGGGACGAGGUGGAAAUGUUCGUGUGCAAAUCGGGCAAGAUUACGUUGAUCAAGUGUGGCAGCCGUGCGGACCUCGAAGAACUGUGUCUGUAAAACAUUGUAAUAUGUUAAUUCUAUGUAUAGGUAGGUACCUACCGAUAACGUGGUAUAAUAUGAACUUAGUGGUUACAUUAUUAUAAUAAUGAUGAUAAUAAUAACAUGGUGACCCGCAUAUUUACCAUGGAAAAAUUGAUGAUUGAAAUUCGCUGCACCGGGCAGGAUCUAAUCUUUUACGUUAUAUGACAAUAAUAAUAUUGAGUUGACUUAUAUUAUAUAUUAUAAUAACGACAACACUGUCUUUGUUUUUUUAAUAAUUAUUUGCAAGAACGAAUAGUCAUUUUCUCGGCUAUACCUAUACUA